UUGAACACGACGCAAGUAUUUCCAAUAAGACGCGUACGCGUACGAAUUGAGUGGUUUUUAGGUUGUAAAAAGUGGUUUGCAUAAUUUAAAUAAGUGAGAAGUUAUCUCCAAAAUUUGUGAAAUAACUUUAUCUUAGUAGAAAUAAAGUGAAAAAUUGGAAAUAUCAAACUGAAAAUGCAAAUUGUUGGCCUUCGUGAAGCGGUAGGAUACGACGCGAGUAUCUGACCGAAAAAGCUCAGUAGCGGCGGCCACAACGAUGUCGCGCUGACGUCGACGCAGACGAUAACGCGUCUACAGCUACAACGGACGAAGCAAAUCGACACGAACAUCGACAAUCGGAGUAAUAGUGAUGAUGAAGUAAACCCGUUGGGGCCUGUGGAAAAUUAAUUUUAAUUGAAAGAUAUUGCAAAAUCUGCUAAAGCAGUAAAAUCAAAUAAGAAAAGGUGUAGUGAUUGAAUGUAUAAAACGUAUGUAUAAAGUUGGUGAAUUGUGCGGAGCAGAGGUAUAGUGCUAUCGGAGUGCAAAGUCGGAGAAAAAACUUCAAGUGAAGGAAACGAGAAAUUAAUAUACGUAGAUAAGGGAGAAGUAAAGAAUUAGAAAACAGCGAAAAAGGUUGCACGUUAACGAUUUCAACGUUUGGUGGUUUCACGUACACCUUUUUGUGUUGUGGAUUGGGUUAAAAAGAAUUUGUGAAGCGAAACAAUUGCUAAAGAACAAACAAAACUGGUGGUUCACUGCGAUGCGCCAUUGCUUUCGGUGUUUGUGUUUUGUGUUCGCCGCGAAAGAGUGUACAGUGUAGGGAAGAAGUGGACGUCGAAGCAAGACUGCGCAGACAACGAAUUGAACAACAAAACAUUUGCGGCUGCUUGUUGGCUUUUUGCUAACGGCGACUGUAGCGCCGCGACUACGCCGACAUCGACUGCGUUAAUGACGGCAACUGCGUCUGUGACGGCGACAGUUGCAGCGACAGCGUCAUCGGUGUGACCAAGCCCAAAAAUCCAGUCAAGCACUACAAAACGCCAGCACGGAAAGUUCAUAGCACAGAAAAGAAGGAGAGAGCCAAGUUAGUGGCUGCGAAUGCGAACGACAAACAGUGAAAAGUGGUAGUUAAUUUUGUGAAGAACUUUUUGAAUAAAAGUCGAUAAAACAAUCAAGUAACGAAGUGAGUGCGAAGCUGGAACGAAGGUGGACGAUAGCCACCAAGAAGUACACGGUAAGCGGGCGAUACAAACCCUGCUAAGUACGAAUGUAAUAACUAGUAAUUAAAAAAAAAAAACAAUUAUAAACUUGGGAGUACGUCAAUUGCCACGACAGCGACGUUGACUGCUGAAUAAUCCCAUCUGAACAAAUCGCGACUAGGUACAUCGGCGGUGUGUGUGUGCGUGUUGUGAUUGCACAUUGUGCAGAGGCCAAUAGCCAACCAGUAUUUGUACACCUCAAAAGCCACAACAGCCAGCGCCAGCAGUAGGAGUACCUCCAAAGAGCAUUGGAUUUGUAACGACGGCAGCAAUAGUAGCUUCAGCACUGUGGCAUUAUAAUGGCUGCCGCUGAGGAACUGAAAGUGGUUUUGCGGCGCAAUGAGCAUUCCGGUUUUGGGUUUUCGCUGUUGGGUACAACCGGACCACCGCAUGUAAUCUACGAAAUACACGAGAAUUCACCGGCCGCUGAUAGUGCGGUCGAAGCUGGUGAUAUUAUUUUAAAAGUAAAUGGCACUGAUGUUCAUCGAUACACAACGAAAGAGGGUAAGUCUGCUAUACGGCUUUUUUCUUUGAAAUAUUGAUGGGUCCAUAAUUAAUUGAUUGCAUUCAAAUAA